AUGUCUUUGGGCGUCGUAUCACAGAGACUGAAACAGAAAGAUAUUGCUGGGCAAAAAAAAAUUUUACUCGCAGACAUGGUGGCCGGUGCUAUUGAUCUUUACCAGACUCAGGAACUUCCACAAUCCAUCCCUCUAGCUCCGGUCCCCACCUCGUUGGUUUCCUUCGUUUUCUUUCUGUUGUGGCUGUCGUACUCGAUUGAGUUUCCGUCGGUUGCUAAUCGUUUUCGGUUUGGACAAGCAACUCGGUCGACUCGUCGCUACUUCGUGGUGGUGUUUCUGUUGACUCCCCUUUGGAAUCGUCUUCUGCGAUGUCUUCAGGCUCAACCUCCGGCACUUAGAAUGUCAUCAGUUGAUCGGCGAGUUUUCUUGCCUAGUCCGCUCUUUCUCUGCGCCUUUUGGGUUCAUCUAUACAUCCAUGUAGGACAAACGCUGGCGCCAGUUCUGUCAGCAUUUCGCUCAUCGCCGCCCUCGCCACAGAUGGAGGGGACAGCAUGUGGCAUGCAUCAAAUGAUAUAUAUUUUCUGGCCGGUUGUUGGGGACAAGAAACUUGUUUGCAUGUUUGGAAAUGUAAAAGAGCAUCGAAGCAAUCCACAUGCCGAAACCAACUAUUAUGUCCUCAUUCCCAUCUCCAUAGUUAACAUAUCCAAUAAAGCCAUCUUCACAAAUAAACAAUGCGUUUGA